CACAGUUAUGUAAAGAAAUAUAAAGUGCUGAAGAUAAAUGACUCGAUUGACUGUUAGGUAUUCGGUAAAAUCAAAGUCUACCAGACAUGCAUACUUUGCGUCCUCACUAAUAUAGAAUUUGGGAGUUAAUGAACAAAGGUUGAAAUGAAUGUGGAGAGGCUCAUGGAAUCGAUGGAGCCAAGUACAAGUGUGGAGUUCUUGCAAGAUGAAAACAGAGACCUGAAGGUCUUGUUAAGGGCUGCUUUGUCUGAGAAACAAGCUGCAGAGAAGCAGUUGAAAGAGACGAACGAGCAGAAGAGAUCAGCGCUGAUGCAAAUCGCAGGAAGAGGGUUGCAGAGCAUAGGGCUUGGUUUUGGUUUUGGGUUUAAGGAGACAGUACAGGAAAGCUCAGAAACAGGAAAUCUCAUCAAGGAUGAACAAGAAGAAGAGGAAGAUGAGGAUAGUAUGGUUGUAGCAAUAGAGAAAACAAUGAAGAAUUUACGUAAAGAGAUCUCUCAGCUCAAGCUCUCAUUGCAGGAAUCAAGAUUAGAAGAAGCGCGGUUGAAGAAAAUUACAGAGGAACAAGCUCAGACAAUAGAAGAGAACAAGAUGAAUAUCGACAAGCUGAAAAACCGAGAGAGACUUCUAUCUCAAAACGUAGAAGAGCUAGUGAAGGUAAUAAGAGAAGCUGAAUCAGAAGCAAGUAGAUGGAGAGAAGCUUGUGAGCUUGAAGUUGAAGCAGGACAGCGCGAGGUCGAAGAACGCAAUGAACUCAUAGCGGUUUUGAAGGCAGAGGUUGAGAAGAUGAGAUCAGCACUGUCGAUAUCAGAAGGGAAACUAAAACUGAAAGAAGAAUUGGCUAAAGCCGCAAUGACAGCAGAAGAAGCAGCUGAGAGAUCGCUGCGAUUGUCUGAGAGAAGAAUAGCUGAACUUCUCAGCCGCAUUGAACAUCAAUACCGCCAGUUGGAAGAAGCAGAGUCUUCAGAACGCAGACGCAGAAAGGUUAGGUAUCUUUGGUGUUGGCCGUUGUGGCGUUUUCCUGCCGCCGCUACUGCUUCUGCUGUGACCGGUACUGAGAGUUCUUCAUGUGUAAGCAAUAGAGCAUUAUUACGAUAUGGUGCUUGAUCUAGUAGCGAUUUGCACAAGAUUCUCCUUCAGUUUCUCACGAGAAGACCUCUAUCAAAUAGACUAAAAUAAAUUUUGUUCACUCACAUCUAAAACCGCUUCUAGUAAUCAUAUACUAGAGAUUGAACC